CAUUUUACCAGGUCAAGGCAUUUUAACCUUUAGAUUAAAACUGUGUUUAAUCAGAAGAAGUAAGGUUAUGUAUAAAUGUUACUUAAGAAACUUAACAUUUUCCUCUGACAUAUCAAGGACUAUUUAGAGACAGUGUAGUAUCACACUUGUCUUAUAUUCAUGUGCUUGCUUCUGGUGAUUGUGUUCUUGUUUGCACGUUUUGGCUUCUGAUGACCUGUUAUAUUCAUGUGCUUGCUUCUGGUGAUUGUGUUCUUGUUUGCAUGUUUUGGCUUCUGAUGACCUGUAUUUUUGUGAGUGGGUCUUUUGGUGAUUUGCCUUCUUCUUGUUAACAUGUAUCUGAUUGGUGAUUUGGUGAUCAGGUGAUCUGUUGUCUUGUUAGCAUGUACGUGCUUCAGGUGAUCUGUUGUCUUGUUAGCAUGUACGUGCUUCAGGUGAUCUGUUGUCUUGUUAGCAUGUACGUGCUUCAGGUGAUCUGUUGUCUUGUUAGCAUGUACGUGCUUCAGGUGAUCUGUUGUCUUGUUAGCAUGUACGUGCUUCAGGUGAUCUGUUGUUUUGUUAGCAUGUAUGUGCUUCAGGUGAUCUGUUGUCUUGUUAGCAUGGUGCUUCAGGUGAUCUGUUGUCUUGUUAGCAUGUACGUGCUUCAGGUGAUCUGUUGUCUUGUUAGCAUGUACGUGCUUCAGGUGAUCUAUCCUCUUGUUAGCAUGUACGUGCUUCAGGUGAUCUAUCCUCUUGUUAGCAUGUACGUGCUUCAGGUGAUCUAUCCUCUUGUUAGCAUGUACGUGCUUCAGGUGAUCUAUCCUCUUGUUAGCAUGUACGUGCUUCAGGUGAUCUAUCCUCUUGUUAGCAUGUACGUGCUUCAGGUGAUCUAUCCUCUUGUUCUAGUGCUUUUAUGGCCUCAUGUUUCUAUUGAAUUGUCUUUGUGUUGACAUGGAAAUAUGCAGUAGGAUUUCUGACAGUUGAACUGGUUUAUGCAUUU